UCUACCCUGUCUGACCAUUAUAAUCAAGAUCAGGGUGUACCACAAGGUAGUAUAUUGUCUGUUACACUGUUUAGCAUUUAGAUUAACAGUUUGUCAAAAGUUUUAAAUGACUCAAUUGAUGGGUCUUUAUUUGUUGAUGAUUUUAACAUUUCAUGUCGUGGCAAAAAUAUGCGCACAAUUGAACGCCAGUUACAGUUGUGCCUUAGUGUUCGGGGACGAUGGUGGAUUAGGAAGACGGUUUGACGGGAUCGGAGCAAUCAGUGGUGGAGGGGCAACAUCCAAACUGUUGGUCAACUACCCUCAAAAGCAGCGGGAUGAAAUACUCGACUAUAUGUUCAAGCCUGACUUCGGUGCUGCUCUGCAGCUUCUUAAAGUGGAGAUCGGUGGAGACAUGCAGAGUACAGAGGGGUCGGAAGCUUCUCACAUGCGCCAACCUGACGAAGAAAACUAUGAAAGAGGCUAUGAAUGGUGGGUUAUGCUGGAAGCUAAAAAGCGUAACCCUGACAUACAACUGAUCGGCCUGCCCUGGGGUUGGCCUGGCUGGCUGGGAGGGGACACAGGGGACGUGUACGCCAACCCUGAACAGACAGCCAUGUACAUUGUCAAAUGGAUCCUUGGUGCCAAGUCGAAAUACGGACUCCACAUCGACUAUAUUGGUAUAUGGAAUGAGAGCCGGUACACGACCACCUACAUAAAGGUCCUACGGAGAAUGCUGGACCAACAUUAUCUUCAGAACACCCUGAUUGUUGCCGCAGAUAACAUCAAAGACUGGGACCAGAUAUCAUCUCAGGUUCUUGCUGAUCCAGACUUAGCUAACUCUAUAUAUGCCAUUGGUGUGCAUUAUCCUGAGACCAACAGCUCUCUGCUUGCUUUAGACACAGGAAAACCACUGUGGGCCUCAGAGGAUUCUUCAAAAACCCUGUAUUUGCGCUGGAAUUUAAACUAUGUGAACGGAUUCAUGACAGGGACGGUGAUGUGGCCAGCGGUAGAGGCAUUCUAUGAGGGUCUUCCUCAUCAAGGGACUGGCCUGUUGAACGCCUCAGAACCAUGGAGCGGUUACUACACAGUUCCUGUUGAUGUGUACCUGACAGCUCAUAGUACCCAGUUCACGAGACCUGGUUGGACAUACUUGAAACACGGAGCCGGAGUCGGUAGAUUCAGUAAUGGCGGCAUAUACGUGUCUUUGGUCAGCCCGGACCAGAAGGACUUCACCAUUGUCAUAGAGACAAUUAAUAAGAGAAGAACUGGUAUUCCAGUUGUAGCGGAGAAUGUCACCUUACAACUUCAAGACAGUUUUGCUUCGAUUACAACGCUGAAUGUUUGGUACACCCAGUUGAAUCUUGACAAUCUCACGGACUCUUACGUUUUUGAGAAACACCCACCUAUCCAGGUCAUAGAUGGGAAGAUAAACAUGAACCUUGACGUAAACCAGGUGUACACACUGACCACCCUGACCACAGGAGGCAAGGGCUCUUACCCUCCUCCUCCUUCUUCUAAGCCAUUCCCUCUGCCAUAUAUGGAUGAUUUUAAUGGUUAUAGAGAGUAUGAGGAACCGUACAUGAUAUCUCCUCAAACUGGAGCCUUUGAAGCCACGACAGUGGGUGGUGAUCGUGGCAAGGUGAUGAGGCAGGUGACCACACGGAGGCCGGUGUCCUGGUCAACAUGGUGUCCAAUAGAACAGGCUGGAGUAUCGCUGGCAGUGGUAGGCGAAUAUUACUGGUCUGAGACAUACAUCCAGUGCCAAGUGUCAAUCAACUUAACGUCACCUGUCAGAGCUGAGGGCGUGUUCCUGGCCGCCAGAGUGGAUCAUGGGGGGUGUCACGCGGACAACAACACAGGGGUCUUCUUUUACUUCUACCAAGAGAACAAGACGUAUCUGAGGAAACACAUCCUUACCCAAGGAAAUAUCGACUCUGUUAACAUAUACGAAUGGAAUGUGAUAGGCCUUUUUGUUCAGGGAACGAAAGUUGCUGCGUUUGUCAAUGGUCAAAGUCUCUUUAACGAAACGUCAGUUCCUGCAACGGUCAAGUCUGGAUUUGCUGGUCUUGGAACGGCCAGUUUUGGAGAAGCUGACUUUGAUAACUUUAUGAUUUCUGAACCGAAGGAAGGGCUUAGAAGAAUGAAAGAAUUACACAAGAAACGAAACAUAUGA